CACUCUUGAUUUCCGACUUCUAAACGACGUGACCGCGUUGGUGAGGAGUUAUUAUUAUUUUUUUUUUUUUUUAAUGAUGGUUACUGGCAAAACAAAUGUUUACUGAAUGGAACCUGCCGUCUGUUUUGCUCUUAACCGUCGGUAGUUUUUGUUUUAUUGACCCUUAGGCUUACCAAAGUAAAUGCCAUGUUUUGCGGCCACAAGUGUGUUUUUUCAGAUUAAUUUUAGAAUAAGCCUUUUACACGUUUAGUUCUUGCAUUCCAACAAACUGGAAAUGUAAUGUAUUAUCGCAAUUUAUAAUUUUUAUUAAAGAUGUUUGUUUUUCAUGUUUUUUUUUGUUUGUUUGUUUUUUUUGCCAACAUAUUCUUCGGAAUAAUCUAGGUAACAAAAUAACUAGGUUUUAACUUAGUUGUUGUAUUUGUUUCCAAAGCUGUUUUCAAACUUGACAGUAUACCACUCUUUUUCAAAAUGUUAACGUUAAUGAUGGUUUGAGUGGAAUGAAAUGCAUCAUGGGUUAGUUUUCGUUCUCGGGGUGUACACAUUCGGUUAAUUGAGAAUAAUCUAAGUAUGCUCAAACGGGGCGCAGUUGGUAGAAGUAGCUACAGUCCAUAUUCGACGGGCUCAAGGGUCAAGAAAUCGGACACUAAAUCAAAACUGGAUAUUUUACCAAACAAACCCAAUGUCUGGCUAAAGCAGCUGUCCAUACUCCAGGAGCAGCCUCGGCGAGAUGCCGUGGAUGGCCCCACUUCCUCCUCCAACCCUGCCAGCCAUUGCGCCACUGCUGUGGAUGCUCUGAGCUCCCCUGGCACUCUGUCCCCCCAGCAUGCCAAGCUAGUGGGCUGCCCGUCCCCCGUGGGCACCCUGAAGCGGCCCACUACCCUGAGCCGCCAUGCCAGCGCCGCGAGCAACCCCCUCCAGUCCUGGGUGUUCGGUAAAGGUCAGGGGCGAGCAGCCAUUGGCCAGAGCCCGCAGACGGAGGCUGUGGAGAUGCCCGCCGCCAUCGAGGUGGAGGACAUCCCCUCGCUGUUGCGCAUGGUGGCCCGCUUCGCAGAGGCCGUGGAGAAACUGAAAGACGUGGUGCUCGAAGAUAAACAGGAAAAUCGGAGGCCGCUGGCACACGAGUGCCUGGGUGAGGUCUUGCGCAUCCUACGGCAAGUCAUCGCCACGUACCCGCUCCUCAACACGGUGGAGACCCUCACUGCAGCCGGCAAGCUCAUCUCCCAGGUCAAAGGGUUCCACUAUGAAGUCUGCAACGAAAAUGACAAAAAAGAUUUUGAGAAAGCUAUUGAGACCAUUGCAGUGGCAUUUAGCAGCAACGUCUCCGAACUGUUGAUGGGGGAGAUUGACAGCAGCACUCUCUUAUCUGUACCACCCACAGAGAAGAGCAGGUCGAUGGAGAACCUGUACCGAAUCUCUGGUCAAGAGACCUCGCAAAUGCGCAGUGAUUCGUCUGAAUUAGUGAUGAGUGCAGAGGAGGUAGACAUUCUCCUGCAGCACAGCGAAGGCGGGGUUGACUCCGCCCUGACGUACACCAAAACCAUCUCUAAGUACAUGAAGGACGUCAUUGGCUACGUGGAGAAGAGGAUCUCGCUUGAGGUAGAGUUUUCCAAAGGUCUCCAAAGACUGUACCAGACUUGUAAACAGGCCAUCACGCAGCCACACAUGCCCUUCUUCUCCAUCUACUCCCUGGCUCUGGAGCAGGACCUGGAGCAGAGCAUCGGCGUGCAGCAGAACGCAGGAAUCCUGCAAAGCCAGACCUUCUUACAGCCUCUCAUGCACCGCAAGCAAGAGCACGAGAAGAAAAGAAAGGAGAUUAAGGAGCAGUGGCUUAAAGCCAAGAGAAAACUGAUGGAGUCGGAGGUAAACCUGCGGCGGGCGAAGCAGGUGUACAAUGCCCGCUGCGAGGAGUACGACAAGGCCAGGACGGCAGCCAGCAGGGCGGAGGAGGAGAGCAGCACCUCCACAGCCAAGGCACUGGACAAGAAGAAACGAUUGGAGGAGGAGGCGCGCAAUAAGGCUGAGGAGGCCGAGGCUACAUACCGUACAUGCAUAGCCGAUGCCACCCAGCAGCAGCAGGAGCUGGAGCACACGAAGGUGACUGUGCUGAGACAGAUCCAGGAGCUCAUCAGACAGAGUGACCAGAUUCUCCGCUCUGCCACCAUUUCCUACUACCAGAUCAUGCACAUGCAGACGGUGGUCCUGCCCGUCCAUUACCAGACACUGUGUGAGAGCAGUAAGUUGUAUGACCCCGGCCAUCAGUACGCCACGCAUGUCAAGGACCUGCAGAUGAACGAGGAGCCCGAGGUCCAUUACGAGUUUGAGUCCUACUCUGCCUCCAGCAGCCAAGCAAUGGGCCGAGUGCGGCGUGACAGCGGUAACGUGGACGCGCAGGGCAGCGGUGAAGUGUCUGCAGAAACUGUAGAGCUCCCCACCUCACACAAAGAAGAAUACAGAAAGGGACGAGGUCACAGGAACUGGGGCUCCAUGGUGAGCGACACGGACAGUGUGGGUGGGGGGAAUGAUUUGGGCUCCCCUACCACUAGCACAGGUGACAUCAGUAAAAUGGCACGGACAUCAUCCACAGGAACCAUGUCAUCUAACGAGGACGUGGACGACAAGGACGGCACCAUGGCGACGUUUGAGGCUUCCAACAUUAAUGGUAUCGAACCAGAGAUCGUGGUGCCCACUGGGCCGUUCCGGAACGUGGGCCUGUCCAAAGCUGCCCAAACUCACAAAUUACGCAAACUGCGCUCUCCAGCUAAAUGCCGCCAGUGCGACAGCUAUGUGUACUUCCAAGGGGCGGAGUGUGAGGAGUGUUUCCUGGCCUGCCAUAAGCGUUGCCUAGAGACUCUGGCCAUUCAAUGCGGCCACAAGAAACUGCAGGGCCGCCUGCAGCUCUUUGGGCAGGAGUUCGCCCUGACGUCGGCCAACAGCUCCGAUGGCAUCCCCUUCGUCAUUAAGAAGUGCAUCUGCGAGAUCGAGAGAAGAGCUCUGCGGAUGAAGGGCAUCUACCGGGUCAACGGGGUGAAAACGCGCGUGGAGAAGCUGUGCCAGGCGUUCGAGAACGGCAAAGAGCUGGUGGAGCUGUCGCAGUCCUCCCCGCACGACAUCAGCAACGUGCUCAAGCUCUACCUGCGCCAGCUUCCAGAGCCUAUUGUGCCCUUCCGCCUAUACAACAGUCUGAUGGGCCUGGCUAAGGAGAGCCUGUCCCUGGUAGGCCAUGAGGGGGCCGAGGUUGGAAAGGGCUCCGACCUGGUGGACGUGGGACCGGGGACGGACCCCGAGCUCCUGGCCCUGGUGCUGCGACUGAGGGAACACCUCAGAGAACUGCCCCAAGCCAACGUAACCACGCUACGCUAUAUAGCACGCCACCUCCGCAGGAUUGCUGAGCUGGAAGAUGAAAAUAAGAUGAGCCCCAGUAAUCUGGGCAUUGUGUUUGGACCCUCACUCAUGCGGCCCCGCCCCUCUGGGGCCACAGUGUCUCUUUCAUCUUUGGUAGAUUACCCCUACCAAGCCCGCAUUGUUGAGACCCUCAUCGUGUUUUACCCCACCAUCUUCCCAUCUGAGACGACCCGUACAGGCAGUGCCAGUACAAUCCACUCCUCAUCUCUCCAGCAGGACGGCAGCGUUGACAAUGAUGACUGCAGUACGAACAUCGGCCUGGAAGCCGACAAUGCUGAAAACGCGGAUGCUGACGCAGACAAGCUACAUGAGGGCCAAGCAGAUGGCUCUGUGGGUACCCUUGGCUCUCUGGAGCAAAGUCUGGACUCUGACUCUGAGCUCGAUGAAGACGGAGGAGGUGGGGCAGAAGAACAGCCCCUCAGCCCCACAGUCCAGCUUCCCGAGGGGGCUCCAGACACAAACCUCCAGAGUCCGUGUAGCUGGGAUGGUGAGCCCCCUGCCCUGCCCGACAGUGAGCCUCCAGAUCUGGAGAGCCCAGAGGAGGUGCCAGCAAGCUCACUAGCCCAGCUCAACAUCAACCAGUCCAAUAACGGGGGUCUUCCCCUGGGAUUACUUCGGGUCAGUGUCGGGAGAGAGACUGCAUCUGUUCAUGAAGAUUAAGUUUGUUCAACACGUGAGGGUCAUGUGGACAUAGGGCAGCACUGAAGUGACAUGUUUCUGUUGUUUUUGGGCUUCGGAAGCUCUGACUGUAGUGGCCUUGAUUUCUGUGCCAAAGUUGGAUCUUGUGUUUUCCCUGUAAUUCCAAAUAAGAGUUGUGUGUUUUGUUUUGUUUUUUGUUACCCCCCCUCCAUUUUAAUAUUGUAUAUAUUUAAAUGAUUUUAGUGGUUUUGUGAAAUGAUUUGAUAGGGAUUCUUUAAUUAUUUCAAACAGUUAUCUCUGAAUUAUGUGAAAGUCUGCUGAAGCAUUGCUUUGCAUACAUGUGACAUUUGACUUGGUGAUUUCUGAGAGAAAGAAGCAAUACACUCCAUCGCUUUGCUUCUUCCCCAAACCGCAUUGUAUGUUCUUAUGGUUUACUCGUUUAACCAUUUGUUUAAUUGUAUUGUUUUUUUAAUAAUAAACACCUAGUCUGCUUCUAUAAA